AUGGCUCUGUUCUUGCGAUUGGAGCUCGAGGUUGAUCCGUUGGCGCUUCCGUUCGGCGUGGUAUGGCGUGGCGCAGCUGCUGGGGGAGCGGACUGCUCCCCCGUGGCCGCCACGGCCACCGCCGCGGACGUGAGGCCCCCCGAGGUCGCCAGGCCGGUACGCCGAAACGGGCCCGAGCUAGCCGCUAAUCGGCGUGCUAAUCUGCGGGCGAGCCGACGGGCCAGGCGCGCCCCUGCAGCACCGGCACCCACGCUGACGCUUAGAAAUCACAGUCGCGAAUUGAUACGGAUCACCGUAGCAUGUGCUGCUGCUGCUGUUGCUGUUGCUCGCUUGGAAACCAAGCAUGCUCUUCUAUCUUCCUCUUUUUCUAUCUCUAUCGCUUUCGACGCGGUGCACACGAUUGGUACGACUAGUCACCGAUUAUUCUCCUUGAGACACGAUGGUUCGCCGUUGAACGAUUCCCGUUCUCGAAGGGCUCUCACACAUACACGCCGCUCUCUUCACUUCUGUUCUGUUUUUUCUUCUUUCUUUUUUCUUUUCUUUCUCUUCUUUUUUCGCUUCGCUUCUCUUUGCUCUUUGUUCCUUCUUCUUUUGUUAUAUUUAUUAAUAUUCGCUCUAGGACGGAAUGCUGCGUGA